CCGGUGUCUGAACGCUACGUAAAUAUUUGUAUUCGUGUUGGGAGCCGCCGCUGGUGAGUGUGUGUGUGUGUGAGAGGGGAAAAAAACCCCAACAACAACAGGCGCGCUGAGAGCAAAGGAAAGGAGCGAGAGAAGGAGUGUGAUCGCGGCGGCUGCAGCGAUAUUUACCUCAGACUGAGGCGUCGGCUGAGGGGAGAGAGGAGUGCGCGCGAAGGGACCUGGUCUCCCCGUCCUCGCACCAUGUCCGUCAACAUGGACGAGCUGAAGCACCAAGUGAUGAUCAACCAAUUCGUACUGACCGCCGGCUGUGCGGCCGAUCAGGCCAAGCAACUCUUGCAGGCGGCCCACUGGCAGUUCGAGACGGCCCUGAGCGCCUUCUUCCAGGAAGCCAACGUGCCCUACAAUCAUCACCAUCAGAUGAUGUGCACUCCAGCUAACACACCUGCAACACCUCCUAAUUUUCCAGAUGCACUUACAAUGUUUUCACGGCUGAAAGCUUCAGAAAGCUUCAACAGUAGCAGCCCAAUUGCCUCAAUGGCAACAUCUCCUCCUCCUGUAAACUUCAACUCGGGCUGGCCCAUGUCUCCUCCAAACCAGCAGGGCAUGUGGGCUCCUGCAUCAACAACUCCACAUACUGGCUGGCCAGCAGCAGUGUCCCAACAAACCACCUCAGAACAGAAGGUUAACGUUGCCAUGGAGGCUGAGAGAUGAGGCCUGGUUACGGCUUUCGAGGUGAAGCAGGAAAAAGUCUUGCAUGGGUCAAUAUGAAAUAGUUUCUGUUGUAUUGUGCUGCAGCUAAUCUGAACUGAAGGAAUACAAUAGGGAAGAUUCAACUUCAUAGCAGAAGAAUUAUGGGUCCAGCAAUUUUCAAACAAAGCCUUGUUUCUGGAGUUUGCAUGUGUGUGACACAAUUAAAAGACUUGCAAGGUCAUCGGCCUGACUUCAAAAAUGGAAUUGUUAACCUUGAGUAACUUGUUUAUGAUCGAUGACCCUACAAAAGGAACCUAUCAGUGAUUAGCUGCUAUAUCAGACAACCAUGAAGAUCACUAAUGGUUUUUAAAAGAAUACUCCAUUACUUUUUUGCAGUAAAAUUGUGGCAGUUGUCUAAUGAAUUACAGGGUGGGGAGUAUAUGGAAUUGCAACAAUGGACAAUUAAAACAAAUAAACUUUAAUACAGGGAUUGCAAAUUAGGUUUUCGAAUCAUUGUUUAUCUUUGUAUUUGGUUUGUGAAUGAGGUUUUCUGAGGGAAGGGGGAACUAGGAUAGCAGUCAUAGUGUACUGACUGCAGACAGACUACUACAGUAAGGUUUUAAUGUUUUAUAAAAAAAAAGUGCCAUUGCAUGAUACUGUACAUUAAAAUGUAAACAUUGGGGGGAAAAAACAAAGUUUAAAAAAAAAAAAAAAUGUGUUUUGCUACUCUUAACCGUGUGAUAGAAUUUAAAUUCACUUUAGCAACAGUUGCAAUGAGUACAGGUUUGUCCUUUUUGUCAAACUUGGACUAUAUAAUAUUUUGUACUACGUUAUGCACAGACAGGGAGUACCAAUUAUUUCUAGAAUUGUUUUAUCUAUCUUAUCACUUCCUCUUUCUGUCUUACUGUCUUCUUCUAUCCAUUGUCCCCGAUACAGGAAUGUUUAUGGUCAAAGAAACCCGAGUUGACAAAACAAAUCUUUGCACAAAUUGAUCCCUUUACUUUUAAAUGGAGAUUUCAUGCUUCUUGAGGAUUGCUUGUUCCGAAUAGAUUGAUAUGUAUUUUUUUUAAUGAUACUGUUCCACAAUAUUUGUGGAGUACCUGAUGAAUAAUUAACUUAUCUUUGUGUUGCUAAAUAAAUAUUGUAUGUACUAAUGGUACUCCUCCUGUACUGAUCUUAUAUUUAACCUUAGCAGAUGGUAAGUAUGCCAUCACUUUAAAAAAAAAAAUGAAGCACAAUAAAAUAUGAAUUGAAA